AUGUUCGAAUUUGGAUGGGACGCGAUUAUCCAAAUUGCAAACCGCAAUCAGCAAAUCCUUGAGGAAUACUCCAGCUGUCACGAACACCACACGAUCGUGGAGGCCCUAUUAAAAGAUAUAUUUGAUGUUGAUCCCUACACCAAUCCUCAGGGUCACAGAUGGCUUGAUUACUUGAUAUGGGCACACGGGAAGCUUGCAUCUCUUCCAAAUUCCCACGAGUUCCCCCUGGUAUAUUGCAGCUUCUCUUUUCUUCACGACGACCACAACGGCCAGUCCUAUCAAGGGAACAAGACGAAGGAUGAUAAAGUUCCUUACUGGAGUACUAUCCACAAGGACUGGGUGUUCUUGGAACGAAAGGUUGAUUGCGACGGGAAUGACCUUGCAAUGGUCUUGGAAUUUGAAAAGCCCCCAUAUGAAGUCAUUGUCUUCUGCGCCGGGGAGAGCUACGCACUCAAUGAAAAUUCGUGCGCUUAUUGGAUGCAGCCAACCAAUAUGUUCUAUUUAUCUUCGGCAAUGAUCCCGAAAUUCCCUAUCGAUGAUUUCCUUGCCUCCUUCACCAAUACACUCUUUCACGAGACAACCCAUUUACUUGAUAUCAUGGAAUUCCGUGGUUCCGAUGUGUUACCGGGCCAAAAGGUCAUCGAUUACAGCGAGGACGGCGACGGGGCCUACGAAUGGAAACAGGUCAAAGACUUAGCGCCCGUUGUUAUAGGCCACCCAAUGUCUCCAGUAGGCCCCUUUCAUCCGGCUAUAUGGAAUGCCCAGAGUAUAACAUAUUUUGCCCUCAUCUUAUUCUUGGUGGUGGACGGGGGCUUCACUUACGACGGGGACGCAGGCAUUCUGCUUUUUCCAUCACGGGCCUUGCCACUGCCCAAGCCGGGGCACAUGAAGGAGAAACCACUUCGAAAGAUCUUGAAGGAAUUGAAGAAGAAGCCACACGUUCCCAAAAAGCCCGAUUAUCUUCGGGCGAAGAGCCAUUCUUAA